AUCGGAAUGCUCAGCUGGUCCCCUCUUGGGGCUCAUGUGACCGGGACCCGGCUAUAAAUAUCAGAGGGGCCUCAGACCAAGACAGAAUUCGGGCGCCAGGAGAAGAAGGCAAAGAGGCUCUGUGUGGGUAUUUUGUGACAAAGGCAAGACCCCAGGUCUGCGUAGAGUAAAGCAGGUGAAGGAGGCAGCCAGGUGAACCCCCACAGCUCCCGACAAUAUGGAUUAUAAAUCAAGCCUGAUCCAGGAUGGGAACCCCAUGGAGAACCUGGAGAAGCAGCUGAUCUGUCCUAUCUGCCUUGAGAUGUUUACCAAGCCAGUGGUCAUCUUGCCUUGUCAACACAAUCUCUGCCGGAAGUGUGCCAAUGACAUCUUCCAGGCUGCAAAUCCCUUCUGGACCAACCGGGUUGGCUCCGUGUCCAUGUCUGGAGGCCGUUUCCGCUGCCCCUCCUGCCGCCACGAGGUGAUCAUGGAUCGUCACGGAGUGUACGGCCUGCAGAGGAAUCUGCUGGUGGAGAACAUCAUUGAUAUCUACAAGCAGGAGUGCUCCAGUCGGCCCCUGCAGAAGGGCAGCCACCCCAUGUGCAAGGAGCACGAGGACGAGAAAAUCAACAUCUACUGCCUCACGUGUGAGAUGCCCACGUGCUCCAUGUGCAAGGUGUUUGGGGCUCACAAGGCCUGCGAGGUGGCCCCGCUGCAGAGUGUCUUCCAGGGACAGAAGACUGAGCUGAGUAACUGUAUCUCCAUGCUGGUGGCAGGGAACGACCGCGUGCAGACCAUCAUCACUCAGCUGGAAGACUCCUGUCGAGUGACCAAGGAGAACAGUCACCAGGUGAAGGAAGAGCUGAGCCAGAAGUUUGACGUACUGUACGCCAUCUUGGACGAGAAGAAGAGCGAGCUGCUACAGCGGAUCACACGGGAGCAGGAGGAGAAGCUCAGCUUCAUCGAGGCUCUCAUCCAGCAGUACCGGGAACAGCUGGACAAGUCCACUAAGCUGGUGGAGACGGCCAUCCAGUCCCUGGACGAGCCUGGUGGGGCCAUAUUCCUCUUGAGUGCUAAGCAACUCAUCAAAAGCAUUGUGGAAGCUUCCAAGGGUUGCCAGCUGGGGAAGACAGAACAGGGCUUUGAAAACAUGGACUACUUUACUUUGGACUUGGAUCACAUAGCAGACACCCUUAGGGCCAUCGACUUUGGGACAGAUGAGGAAGAGGAAGAGUUCAUUGAAGAAGAAGAAGAUCAGGAAGGGGAAGAGUCCACAGAGAGAAAGGAAGAAGGACACCAGUAAGGAACUGGAUGAGGGAGAGACCUUCUGGAUGCAGAGAUGCUGGGGAGGGUGGGGAGGGGCGCAGCCGCCUUGGUGACAGGCCCAGGGAGGGAGAGGUCAGGGCCCCUGGAGGGACAAUGCGAAGGUGUGUCUUCUCUCCACUCAGAGAGCAGGGACUAACAGUAGGACCCCCACUGCUGUGUCCAGCAGCCACUGAACCAGAAUUGGAAAUGUGCUUGAAACAACCACACAGGACACUUUUCUACGUUGGUGCAAAAUGGAAUAUUUUGUACAUUUUUUAAAUGUGAUUUUUUUGUAUAUACUUGUAUAUGUAUGCCAAUUGGUGCUUUUUGUAAAGGAACUUUUGUAUGAUAAUGCCUGGUCAUUGUGUGACCAGCUAUUGUUAGAAAGAGGGGAGGGAAGUCAGGCUGACAAAGCUGCCCUUUUCCUUUCCUGGGAGGGAGGGCUGGGGAUCACUCACAGGCCUAGAAAGGGAUACUGUACCGAACAGGUGUCAAAGCCCAUCGCUGACGUAGGGGAUGGCACCUGAGUUUGUGUUACAUGUUGUUCAAUAAAUGCACAGCGCUCUCUUUCUGUUAUUA